CAGUGGUUUAUCACAAAUAUCCUGCCGUGUUCUUGCUCCUGAUAGCAUGCAGUUCAAUGCUCUUAGGCACUGUCGAUGGAGCGGAGGUUACGAGUGGAACAAAAGUGCCUCCCGGGUCAAUCGCGGUCACUACCUCGAAGCCAAAGGUAGGGCCAGCCACAUUCCCCCCGGUGGUGCCCGUAACCAAUGACACCGCGGAGGAAACUACCACCACGGACCCACCACUGUCUGCCUACGAGCUACGGCGGCAGCAGCUGCUGGAGGAUCAGGAUAGUUUCAGCGAAAGUGAUCUUCAGCCACUCCGCGAAACCCACAUCAACGCACUGCACGAAGCGAUCGAUGCGAAACUGGUCGAUCAAAGCUUCAUCCGAACGCUGGGCUCCGUAUCGGAACCACCGAAAGUGAACGAUGCCAAACGGGACACGCUAACGAUUCGGUCGAUCGUGGAGGAUCUAAACUUUACGAUCGGUGAUCGUGUCGUGCGGUGGAAAACGAUUAGCCAGAAGAACCUGGAACGCCACAUGGUGGUCGGUUUGCGGGCCGCGAGUCUCGUUGUGUUGCACGAAACGGACGAAGGAGUGUUCUUGCUUAACCAGGAGCUAAUGCUCGAGUCACCACCGAUCGCGUUCGAAGUGUUUACGCUCUGGGACACGGACCGGACGACGGUCGUCGGUUGCGUAGUGAUAUCGAUGGGUAACUUUCUCGUCUGGUACACGCUGCGGCAGGAGACCGAUUAUCAGCUGCUCGAAGAAUGGCGCUGGCCGCUACACAAAACAAUUACCCAGAUUCGAUUUUUCCGCCACAAAGAGGUCGACGCACUGUUGCUGAUUGGGAAGCACCCGAACCACCAGCAAUCGAUUUCGGCUACCGUUUACGAGUUUUCCUUCAAUGCGCGCCAGUUCUGGUUGAUGCAGAAGAUCGGACUGCCCCAUCCGUGCCCAUCGGUUGGGUUGGUGAAAGCCGGGGACGAGUUUUUGGUUGCCUUACCACAGGAGUGGACCGUACAGAUCUACAGUUUCCGCAUCGGGGAUCAGCAACGGCGCAAGUUUAAGCUGAUCGGAAACUACACCUCACCGGAUCUGCGGUCGGUCGAUGCGUUCCAGAUCGGUCGCUACGCGUACAUUGCCAUCGGUGGCCGUUCGCCGGCCGUGUUGCGGUACCAGCGCGGUAAGUUCUACGCCCAGAAGAUCCCCACGGAAUCGCUCGAAAUUGUGGAGGCAUUCUUCGAGAUACCGGCCCGGACGUUUCGCGAUGAUAUGAUCCUGUUGGUGCAGCAUCGGAUGAUCUUCGAUACGCACGAUGUGCAGCGGUUGGAAGCACUCGUCUGGAACGGUGUCUCGUUCGAUCUGGCCACCAACAUUCCCUGCAUGGUGGAGAACGAUGUGAUCGAUAAGGAGGCGAGCUGCAUGCUCGAUCUGGAGCGUACUGAUGGGCUGUUCGGAGCGGCGAUUGUCCAGCGAGGGAAGUUGAUCUCGAUCAUUGUACCGCGCCAUGAGGCACACUCGAGUUUGUACCAUCUGUCGAUUGAGUUGCUGUCCGGGGAGCAUCCGAUAUUGAUGAAAAUCCAGGAGAUCAAAGAAACGAUGGAUGCGUUCACGCGCAUCAUCGACCACCAGAAUGCGAUGAUCGAGCAAGCGCAAUCGUUCGUUUCGUUGAUGGAAAGCGAUCCGGUGGUGUUGCGGCGACAGGAGCUGAAAUCGAUCCAAACACCUCACGUACGGUUGGCCGAGGGAUACAAUUUCUCCGAUACGGUGAUCAUGAUCGGUCAGAACAAUUGGCGUGAGUCGGAUUUUCGUGUCGAUCUGAGCGAAACUGUUAAAACGGUGCAGGACAUUGAAGCGAGCGUUGAUGCGAUGCUGGCAGAAUUGGAGUACAGCGUUAAGCGUGAUGCUCGGUCACACGAUCUGCAGUAUAAUGGCACGCUGAAGGUGCAGGGUAAGGUGUACAUCGAUGGAAAGCUCGAGGCGGAUGAUCUUUACAUCCAGCGGAUAGAACCUCCACCACCGACGGACCAUCAGCUACGGUUUGUGCGACAAACGGAAGGUGAACAGCUGCCGACGCCGCUGAAAGAACUGCACCUACAGGAUCUUAUCGUGGAGCAGCUUUACUUUGAGUCCUUUAACGGAGUGCCGGCCGCGGACAUUGCGUACAACGUCGACGGUAAGGUGGAGCUUAGCGGCGAUCUGGUGGUAACGGGUGAUCUGUACACGAAUGAGAUCAUCCUACCGGACGGUGGCACCGUGAACGGGAUCGACCUGAGCGAGCGGCUCGUGUACUUCAACUGUAAAAAUCGAAGCUGGCGAAACCUGACCCUUGACUCGCUGGAGGUGGUGGAUGAUCUGCGCGUCGCGGAAAGUAUUAACGAGGCGAAGGUUGAUCUGAAGCAGGCCGAGGCGUCGCUCAGGAGUGCGAUGGAUGAGGAGGUGCGGGUGUUGCGCACGAAGAAGCUAACAGUCGAGGGUGAUCUGACCUUUGAGCUCAUCAACGGUAUACCGUGGCAGGAGUUCCUCGAUGGGCUGAUCUUUAAGAACACUCCGAUGCGGUUAAGAAAGCUGCACGUUCAUGGAAAUGUGACAUUUGGAAAGCAUGCCACGAUCCAGUUCCUGAAUGGGAUACGCUUCCCGGAAGAUUACGUACUGACUGAAGGCCCCCGUGAGACGAUCAUUACCGGACAAAAGCACUUCCAGGGACCUCUCUCAAUGGACGCACUGGACAUCGAUGGGUUCAUCAAUGGCAUCAAUCCGUUCGAUUUCAUCACGCUGCACGACGACCAGUACAUCCCGGGGAAUGUAACGUUCGAAUCGCUAGAGAUCGAAGAAUCUCUCGAUCUGCGUGGUACCGUACAAGGCAAGCAUAUGGACCAGUUCCUGGACAAUCCUUCAUUGUUGCAAACGAAAACACUGGCGGCGAGCUGCGAGUUUAGCGAUAUCGUUGUGAAUGGACCAAUCUAUAUCGAUCAGCUUGAUGGGUACGAUCUGGACACUGCCCUGGAGGAUGUGGUGUACAAUGAUGAACCGUACGUGGAGAUUAACGCCUCGAAGCAUUAUCGUAACCUGCGCUUCCUGGAGCCGAUCCGGGUCGAGUCGAACAUGCUGGGUGAAAUCCAUCUCGAUGAGCUGCUCACAAAGAGUACCGAUCAAACGCUAAACGUGAGCAUGAUCGUGGGCAAUGUGUUCUUCAAUCGAGUGCAGACGGACGGACUGUUUGCUGGCAUUAAUGUGACCGAUUGGGACACGAAUUCGAUUAAAACGUUCGGCGAACAGUACACGGAGGCGACACUCGACUUUUGCCCAGGCUAUUCGGAGCUGCACGUGAACGAGCUGGAGAUUCUGGAAAGCUUGAACGAUGUCCGGUACGAUGGGUACCACAGUGUCGAUGAGGAAAUCGUGUUCAAGGAUCAACAGGUCUACUUGAAUGCGCUGUACAGUGAUAGCCUUAAGCUAACGCACAGUUCGAUCGAUGGUCCGUCGAAGCUCCUGAACGGAGUUCAUCUACCAACGUUCGAUGCCAACCGGUUCAGUGUUAGCCGUCCGCAGCGCUUCGAACAUGACGUUUUCAUUGACACACUGUACGUCGAUCAGUCGUUGGCUACGCACUUUUUCAACGGUUACGAUGCGCGAGAGUUCCAGCAGAGCGUCGAGACGUACCUGAACGAUGAUUACAUGCUCGGUGGUCAGCAUCCCAUCAACACGCUCCAUGUCGUCGGCAAUGUGGAAGUUGGGAUGCUGAAUGGGAUCGAUUUUACCCGCUUCCUGGACGAUGUUAUCUGGCUCGACCGACCGAACGCUGUUCCGGGGCUGCUGAAACUUACAAACCCGCUGCAAGUGGUUGGCGAUUUGACCGUCGAAGGCACACUGAACGACAUUCCGUUGAACGAUUUCCUCAGCCGUGUCGUCUACAGAACGGAGGGUGAUGGUGUUGUGGAGUUCACCGGAUCGAAGCUAUUCACUCGCGGAUUCGACGUGCACGGUGAUCUGAACACGAGCACCAUCAACAACAUACCGGUGAAGGAUUUCCUUCUGAAGAAUGAAACGAUCACGCUGCCCGGGAACCUCAUCACACUGGGACGCGUGUACGCCAAGGAAGUGAUCGUGACUGGUGCCAUCAACGGGAAGUCUUUUAAAGCAGUGGAGGAGUACUACUCGUACGAUAACGCGACCGAUACGCAUGUGAUCAAAGGAGAUCUACAGCUAGCAGGCCAUCAGAUGAUACACCAUUUGGAAGCGUUCGGUGGCUGGAAUGAGGUGGUCAAUGUAUCGCACCGGCUGGCGUCACUGAUCCGUACCAACCAGGAUUACUACUUCAAGGGUCAUUACGUGUUCAAGAAUGAGGUUCACUUCAAGUACGGCUACACGGUGGACGUGAUCAAUGGGCAUAAUGUUUCGAACAUACGGAACGAGAUCAUGUACUUCGAUCAGACGGAACCGAUCGUAUUCACACAGCCUGUUCACUUUCUGGGUAAGGUUGCCGGUGAUAAGAUCCGUGUGGAGGGUGAUCUUAUCGGACGGAACAUUCAGGGUAUCGAUCCGGAUGAGUACGCACGAAGGACGCUGCUGGUGAACAGGGAUUAUGAGAUCUUUGAGAAGCUAGUGUUCCAGCCAGGGACCUUCGUUUGUGAUGCACUCAACGCUUCGGUCAUCAACGGAGUUGCCACCAGUGAUCUCAUCACGCUGCACACGGAACAAACGAUCGAGCGUCCUGUGCACUUGAAGGAGCUCAUUCUCAACAGUCCACUGCAGGUGGCGGGACUUGUAAAUGGACGCGAUCUUCGCCUGGAACGUCAGAACACUGUGAUGCGCUAUGGCGAACAAUUGAUCGAAACACCGUCCGUUUUCAACUCGAUCCGUGUGCUGGAAAAGCUCACGCUCCCCCCGGUGCUGAAUGGUGUGCCGGUGCACGAACCGCUGCAACUGUCCGAAAACAUGACCAUCUCGUCACCCAUCACCUUCUACGAGAUCGCUGCCGAUGAGGUGUACACCGAGGACACGAUUGGAGGCAUCCACUUCGAUCAGCUGUACGACGAAUCACUCUGGACCGAUGGGCGCGAGCAUCAGCUGUUCCGUGGUCACAUCCGCACCCAGAAGCUCGUGUUCCGUGAUGCCGUCCACGGAAAUGGUACCCUGAAUGGGCACACGAUAGGCGAGAUUGCCGAGCGGUUACACGCGGAGAAGCGUCAGGUUGAGGCGUCGGUGGCGAAGCAUCGCUCACGCUAUCGGACCGCCUGCCACGAAACGCAGUCCCUCAUCAAUGGCACCCAGCAGGGUACGUACUUCUUCAACUACUUCGUGCAGCGCCAGACGAUCAACGAGCGGCGCGAUAUUCAAUCGUUCUGGACGUUCGAACAGCACGGGAUCCACUUUCUGGUGAUCAACUUUGGGUGUGAAAGUAAGCUGUACCAGUGGAAUCCACACGAUCGCGUGUUUGUCGGGCUGUUUGAGACCCUUACCGGGCAUGUUUACGAAUGGCGCACGGUGACACCGGACGAGGACACGCUCUAUCUUGUGACGCGAUCGGCGCCGGUGGCUGCGACGGUGGCGGCAUCAGACGACAAACAGUCGUGCACCGUGGGUGGUCUAUCGAUAUGGAAGUUCAAGGGCUUAUCGCUCGAGCUGGUAAAGAGCUACGGUGACAAGGAUGCCGAUAGCCUGUUCGUCGAUGGUGACGGUUCUUCCUCGUUGACCGAUCGGUUCUACGCCCUCGAACACACCACCGUCCGGGAGUACGGUGUGGCGCAGGGAGUGGUGCGUGAUGAGUGGGAUCUUUCGAGGAUCUUCUCGACGGCUGCCUUCCUCCCCAGCAGUCUCAACAUUGGACUGGCGCUUGCGGAUGGUAAACAGCUGGCCAUUUUAUCGCGCAAUGAAUCCACGACGGGCACGGUUCGAAGAAAGCGAUCCCAUGAUCAGGACAGUGAUGUCACGCUCUCAUUAUUUGCCUCACCAAUGAACAUGUUAAGCCACAUGGGGCAGAACAAAACGUACUACUAUCGAACGGAAGACCCGGAAACUCCGGACAACGAGACGGUGAUCGACGAAACGCCGCAGCUCACCCAGCCGGAUCCGUUGAAUAAGAUUGGUUCCGAUCAGGAGGGUACGGAUCCGGUGAUUCAGACACGCGAAACGGCGGCUCCCGAUGUGCUCGAUACGAUCAUCGAUCGAAACACCAGCACCGAUCUGGAGCAGCGCAUCGGGAAGGAAGUGCCACUCGGUCGCAUCAGAACGAUGGAGAAUACACACCUGCCGGAUCCGACGACCGGUGGCGAAGUGCUAUCGUUCAACGUUGGGCUGCGGGGAGAACGACGACGUGUGCUGGUGGCCGUUACCGAGACGAUCGACACGAUCAUUCAGGGAAAACAUGAUUCCGUUCGCAUCUACAGCGAUAUCCUGCAGGGACACGUGUAUCAGAUCAUUGCCUGCUCUCGGCCGUCGCAGCUCGCAGUGCUCGAGAUACGGGACGAAACGAUUCUGACGUUCAUCGAGCAGGGCCGGAAGGUGCAGCUGUAUCAGUAUCGGCCACGGAAAGGGUUCGUCCACUGGAAUAGCUUCAAUCUGGCGUCGGCCGGUGUUCAGAUGGCGGCGGUGAGGUUACCGCAGGCGCAGUUUUUCAAGUGUCCACUGCACUACCUUGCCAUUGCGCUAACGGGGCAGGAGCUGAUGUUCCUGAAGGCGAAAACUAAGGGUGAUUGUGGCAUUAACCUGCAGCUGGACUGUGGGACGGACUAGUGGGGGGGUGGGAGUAGCGUCGCGUGUGUACAACGUAGCGAAAGUUGUAUGGUGGAUUUUGUUUUCAUUUAGUCAACUGUCAUUGUUAUCAGUAGAUUUUCUGUAAGAUAAUAAACAGCAAGAGAGAGAGAGAGUUUUGAACUUGAUUUUGAUAA